UGGUUCCUGCCCACCAUGUACUCAGUCAUCUGCUUUGUGGGACUGCUAGGAAAUGGACUGGUCAUGCUGACCUACAUCUAUUUCAAGAGGCUCAAAACCAUGACCGACAUCUACCUACUCAACUUGGCCUUGGCUGACAUUCUCUUCCUCUUGACAUUGCCCUUCUGGGCAGCCAGUGCGGCCAAGUCCUGGAUCUUUGGCCCCUUCCUCUGCAAAGCUGUCUAUUGUAUCUACAAAAUGAGUUUCUUCAGUGGCAUGCUCCUAUUGCUAUGCAUUAGUGUGGACCGCUACUUCGCCAUCGUCCAGGCUGUCUCAGCCCACCGCCACCGGAGCCGCAUCAUUCUCAUCAGCCAGAUCUCCUGUGGUGUGGUCUGGCUGCUGGCCUUCCUCUUUUCCAUUCCAGAGCUGAUAUACAGCAACAUCCUAAAGAAUGGCCGUUGUUCCCUGGUCACCGAAGACCUGGAGACCUUCACCACCAUCAUCCAGGUGUCUCAGAUGGUGAUAGGCUUCUUAAUCCCGCUGCUGGUCAUGUUCUCCUGCUACCUCGUCAUCAUCCGCACGCUGCUGCAGGCACGCAACUUUGAGCGCAACAAGGCUAUCAAAGUCAUCAUUGCCGUGGUCAUCGUCUUCAUCGUCUUCCAGUUACCCUACAACGGUGUGGUCCUGGCCAAAACGGUGGCAGCCCUCAACAAAACUGCCACUGACUGUGAACAUAGCAAGCAGCUGGACAUAGCCAGUGACGUCACCUACAGCCUCGCGUGCUUCCGCUGCUGCCUCAACCCUUUUCUUUAUGCCUUCAUUGGUGUCAAGUUCCGUCAAGACCUUUUCAAGCUCCUCAAGACCCUUGGCUGCCUCAGUCAAGAACGCCUCCUAAACUUGUCUUCCUGCAGACAGAAUCGGCGCUUCUCCAUGAGCAUGGAGGCAGAGACCACCACCACCUUCUCUCCUUAGAGAAUCACCUCCCCGACGGAAACCCUUCCCCUAGGACCUUGUCGCUCUCUUGGCCGAAGUGGCUACGGCUGCUUGGACAGUUUAGACCAAGGAUUUUCAAGCUGCUAGGGUCGAAGGAGUCUCUCCCUCUCUCUCUCCCCUUCUCCCUCUCAGAUACUUCAUUGUAAAGGUUUUUCUUGGUGUUUCAACCAGAGAAAAUACCUCCUUGAGGAGCCAGCCUGAUCCAACCACAUCAACCCCAACAAAAGGGAGAGAAGAGGGGUGUAGUCGGCUAACAGCAGAGCGCAGGAUGCUUGGGUUAUCCUCAAGAUCUAAAAGUGAGAGUUGGGAGUGGCCCGGGGCCAGGACGGAGCCUAGUGGAAUGGCGGUUGUGGGGAGAUGAGUCUCAAAACGAAAGUGCUCUUGGACUUCAGAGGGGAAACACUCUACAAGGUGAUCCCGGAGGGCUGAAACAAAUUUCCCCGGAGGACAGGACUGUCUUACCUGCUCCAGAGAGGGCAGACGACCUGCUUUGUCUUAAGGGGGAAAGGUAAAAAGACUUGACUGUAUCCGACUCCUCCCACCUUCCCCAUCCCAUCCUUUUCCAUUGGGGUCAAUCCUGAAAGAAGAUAACUUUCUCCUCACCGCUGGCCAAGACAGCUUUCAGUAAUACUUGAAGCAGUCUUCAAUAGGAUUGGUCUCCCUCUCCUAACCCUGGCACUGUGUUGGUAAGGAAUGAGUAGGAUUGCUUCUGCUGGUCAGAAGAGUUUCCAAAACCAAAGCCAUUUUUUCCUGGGUUUGCCUGUGGAACCAGAUUGGGAUGACACCCAAUCUCUGUCUGACUCCAGGAAAGCAGGGGAACAAUGCUGUCUCCCAGAUGUAUUCCCCCAAUACCUUUAAAGCAAGCAGAGGAAGAUUUUUGUUGUACUCCACUGAGCAUCAGCUUCCGUUUUGUUAGGAAAACAUU